GAGGAUCAUGGGAAGCAGUUCUGGUUGCUGAAGCGGAGGGAGUUUCGAAAUAUUUCAUGUUUAGCUGCUGUAUAACAUAUAAUAUUGUAGUUAUGUUAACAGUUUCGUAACAAAAUGAUGUGGGCGUAACAUGCGACUAUAACCACUGUUGCUGAAGUGCUCAUGUUUGGCUUUUUCGGGACGAACGCUCCCCGCAGUACGCAAAAUUAGCUAGGGAGCUAACGCUAGUUUACGAGUGCACUUGCAAGAGGAGGAACCGAUGCUGUCUAUUCAACAUGGAGCUAAAGUUGGAAGUUGUUUUGUCAUCCAGCAUCAAACGGAAGAAACCAUGGCCGCGGUUCUGCUGGCUUGGGAAGGAGAAGGAGUCUGUGUUCCUGUUAGAUGACAAACGGAUCAGUGAGAUCAACAUGGUGUCAGGUCGCACCAAGAAGAGGACUCCUAAACUCCAUCCUUUGCUCAACAGUGUGGUGACCAUGGCUUCAUCGGACAAUGGUAUGUGGCUUUGUGGACUUAUGGUCUCAGGAGAACUGUUUCUGUGGAACAGAGAUAAAGAUUUGUUGAAAACUGUUGCAGCGGUUCCAGAAGUAGUUCAUGUGAUAACUGCUGUUCAAGGGAAUACCACACGACUGUCACUCCAGGUUUCAGGGGAUGGAAUGCGUGCACUCCUGGUAGCCAUAACAGGGAAAGUGUUCCUGUGGGAGUGUAUGGAUGUCAGGGACCUGACUUUGGUACGAGAUGGCAGAGUCAAGGGACAGUGGGCGGAGAUAUGCCCCCUUGAAGACUCUGUUCUGCCUUCUUCACAAGACAAAGAAGCAUCUCUACACACCAUCUUCAUCAGAACAGAGGUUAUGGGUGAUGCCUGUUUAUCAGCAUUUAUUUUCACAUCUGGGAAGAGGCUAAUCAUCACCUGCCUGAAAAUUCAGUGGGUAGAGGGUCAAGUGAGAGUGGGUUCUCUGGGAUACAGCGUACAGUGGGCCACCAAGACAUACCCUAUGUCUCGUCUCACCCCACCUUGCCAACCAGUGAAGUCCAGAGGGGCCUUGGUGCCAGCCUUCUCCCCUGAUGGCCGACUGUUAGCCAUCAUAAUAAACCAGAGACAGCCUAAGGCUACACAGGUACUCUUUGUGAGCACACAGAAUUUUGUCUCAAUAUCAAGUGGCCUCGGAGGAUGUGGAAGCAAGAAAAUGAAAAUCCCCUCUAAAUACAUAAGGUCAUACUGGGUGGGCAGUGUGAGCUGGUCACCGGGCGGCCUUUUCCUGGCCUGUGUUCUGAAGAGAGGCUCCCUUCUUAUGGUUUCUCGUCUUGGGGGGCUUCUCACUCUAACGAGCUGUGGUUGCAGUGUGGACUUUGGGCCUGCACACUUCCUCCCCCUGCAUCCUCUCGUUACUUACCGGCCGCCAGUGUCUGCGGGAAUGGGGGAGGUGUCUCUGUCCAGCUCUAGCUUGUCUGUACAGGAUGUCUUCAGGCAGCGGUAUUCUGUGACCUGGCAUCCUCGGCUGCUGUAUCUCAUUGUAUCUGAUGGCUACAUGGCCACAGUUAUGAGGGUGCUAGAUAGGCCUACCCCUGCCUUGUUUCUGAAAACACUUUUAAAGGACACAAGCAAGGACCUUGAGAAGGCCAGUCGGAUACUGGAUAAAUCGCAGAUCCAUGUGAGGGCAUGGCUGGAGUCCGUAUCUUGCCUGAAUCUUGACAGCAGUCUUGAGGUGUUCAAUCCCACUGCUACACAUGGGCCUGAAGCAACAGGCUCUGUCCUUUCAGCAGCCACAGAUAGAUCCAGUUUGCCACUUUUCUUGCAGGACCAGGGAACAUUGGGUGGUACCAAGGAGAUUCUUGAAAAAGUGCAGAUGCUCUUUGAGGAUGACUCAGAUUUAGAUGUUGCUCCUGCUGGUUCUCAUUUGGAGGAUUGCGGUCGUCUCGAGUUUGCCUCAAUGUUUGACACACUCCAUGCCCUGGACACACAGACUGACACUGGACUUGUUACCAGCCCAAAAUAUGAACAGGACUUUGUUGAAACAGGGAGAAAGACUCCUCUUCUUCUUCGAGAACUUGGCAAAAUUCAAAGCAAGCUGUUAACAGCCUGGGCUUUUGGCAUGUCUCUAGGAAAUACUGUGGAAAGCAGAGCUCUCUUGCUGAAGCAUACCCUCUGUUGCGUGGUGCGAUUUGCUGCUUUACUCUGCUUAAUUCCUAGCUCCAUGGACCACGCAGAGAAAAACAAUACUUUAGUUUCUACUUGCCUUCUGCACCUUCUCAAAGCCCUUCUCUCUUUUCUUCCUUGGGAUGGCGCUCACACAGAUGGUCCGCGCUGCCUGGGGUUGGUGGUGGAGCUCAGCAAACGACUGAUGCGCCUCCUGCUGACCCCUCACCCUGAGUCCCAACAGACCGGCCACUGUCAGUUACCAUCUCACACUCUAUCCGCAGCCCUGCUUAUCUUGCAGCAGGUCUCCGAUUCUCUUGAUCACACCUACAACCUGCAGCAGAAAACUGUCUGGUCCUCUGCAGAGAAGGAAUCCCAGCCUCCACAGCUCUGGCCUUCUGAUGUACACCAUGUGCCUCUCUUACAGGAUGAGAUGGAAAAGAAAUCCAGUUUUGCACACCAGGCUCGACCUGUUCCUCAGCGACCAUCCAGCAGGUUGUUGGGGGUAUGGCAGUGGGUCUACAAGAUCAACCAGCAGUAUAUUGAGGAAAUGAAUAGCUUUAAAGGCUGUGAUGGUUGGAAGGAGGAACAGCAUCGGUUGUCUGUCAUCAUGUCCCAGAUCCAAAGAGCUCUGCAGUCUACGGGCGAAAGGCUAGAGGAGGGUCCUAAACUGCUGAGUUACCCAGGUGAACAUCUUUUCCUGUGUGGUUCGUACGCAAUAAGUGCCGAUACAUGGCGGUCACAAAUUUGUGAAGAGAGUAACAAAAGAAGUGAUCGUAGUGUCUUCAAGGAGACACAGCUUUGUCUGGCGCUCCUAUACAGCCUGUUAUCCCAGUACUGUCUGAGAGAAGCCCAGGAGUUUGGGGACCACAUGGCCCACCUGAUCCUGCUGAGGGCUGGACACCAGAAGAACAUAUCCUGCAUUAAGGACUCUCUUCCUUGCCCUUGGCUGCCGGUGGACCUUCACAGUGAGGCAGCUUGUGCAGUGGUUCAGACCCUGGGGAGAUUCAUGGCCUCUUAUUUCACAAACCAACCGCUUUACAUCCUACCUCCUCAUCAUGUAGUCGUUCUGCCUCCACUCCAUCUACCUCAUGCCCCUAGUGUGGGGCGCUUGGUGCCACUGUGCCAGGAGGAUGUUUCUAGGGCGGUGCGACGACAGCAGCUGUCAGAAGUAUGGACAGUAGACUAUGCCCAGGACCUUCUUUUGCUAGGGGGUCUGCUUCCUGAGGCUGUGUGGUUGGCUUACCAUCUCGGCGACUGGAAGACAGCGGCCUCUCUGAGCCUGGCCUAUACAAAUUACUGUGCUGACCACUUUGACUUCACUCAGCUAAGGAAGAGAGAGCUCCACCUCCCAACAGAUUUACAACCAGAGAGCAUUUUUCAGGUUGAGUUGGAGUGUCUUCUUGGCAACAAGUCUGACUCCCGAGAGUGCAGAAAUAAGGAUGGUAACAUGAGCUUUACAGACCCUUUGGAAGGAGAAGACUGGGACAUGUUACAAGCUUCAAUACAGGAAGUUCUGAAGGCCUCUGUCAUGGCAGGAGUUAAUGUUGUAUCUUCACCUUUGGCUUCCUUGCUGGACACAGCCAAAGACUUGUGUUCUUCCCUGCCUACCUUGGUUCCCAGUGGACUGUAUCUUCCAUCCCCACCUCUUUAUUGCCCUCAGCCUUCACCCAACACACAGGACCCAACAGGGCCAGUAGGGCAGUUUGCAGAAGUUGCAUCACGUCACAAAGUGUCUGGAGUUCUCCAAAGAUUGCUGUUACUUCUGAGAUCUGCGCGUUGUUGCCAUCCUGCUGCCCAGUGGUACAUCAGCCAUCUGCAUCGUGCCAGGCACCUGUUGCACAAGAUCAAGAAAAAGUACUCCUAUCCAUCAGCCACUGAAGAAGAAAAGGCUUUCCCAGAGGGCCUGAUGAAGCUUGUUACCCGUCGUGGAUUCUUCAGACGGGGGUCUAAUAAAGAUGGCCACCUGGACUCUGAGACCAUUCAAACUAUUAUCUGUUUCAGGGAGCUGUGUGGUUUAUGCUGGAUGAUUCAUGUCAGGGACCAACUUUCCAUUUCCUGCAGGAAGUAUCUGGCUGCCAGACAGUGUGGUAGAGAUGAACAGAUCCCUGGUGGUUCAGAAGUGGUAUCUACCUGUGUUGAUGCUGUCUGCUGGGCCCGUCGUUUCUUGCCUUACUGUUCCUUCCUCAAUGCUGAGGAAAUCCUCCAGGACAUACUACUCAGCCUACUGUCUGAACUUCCUCCUCUUUCUCUGGUGGCAGAUACGCUGGUACGAGCCUUCCCAGAGGAGGAAGAGUCUGUCAGAGUCCCUCUCAGAGAAAAGUAUAACUCACUGCUGCAGAGACUGAGGCAAUGCAGUGUCCUUGAGGGGGAAAAAGAGGAAACUAGCGAGCUAAUGAUGAUUGCGAUUCAAGACAAACGCAGGCAGAGGAGAAAACAUCUUGGGCGUUUGCAGAGACACCUGGCCCGCCCUGAACUUCAUCUGUGGGAGAAAGAGGAGGAAGAGGAGGACAAGGGAAGCAAACACGGGAUCUCAGUGUUAAGGCAACUCUCACUGGGAACAAGUUUGAGCACUAGCACUUUAACAGACUGUGGCUUCCCUCCAGUGUGCAGUGAUGGAGACACAGUGGAUAAUACGUCUGAGGCAAUCUCUCCUGAAAGGAAUAGCAGAGCCAAGGCCAGGGGCAAAAACACAAAAAAGGCAAAAAUACUUACAAAGAAGACUGCUGAUAAGAUUAAUAGUGUCAUUCAGGAGGAGAGUCAGCGCUGCAAUGCCAAGAAGACUGAGCAGCCCUCCUUACCAGUGGUUGGCACCUGGGAAUUUGAGCUGGAAGAUGAAGAGUACCUAAAUUUCCUGGAGCUCUUCCUCAGCUACAUGCUAGAGAAGGAUAGUGCUGAUGGAGGGGACUCAGGCAGUGAACUCCCUUUGUUGAAGGGCUUUUCCUCCCAGCUGAGGGAGAGAGAAUUGCAUUCUCUCACCUUUGAUGUGCUCACAACUAUUCAUCGUCGUCAAAGAGAUGCACACAAUCCAGUGACAAAACACUCAGGCACUAAUCCUCCACUAUUCAGAGCAGGCUGCUGCUACAAGCCCACAAAAGAAGGUGCGACACCUGAGCUGCAAAAAUCCUCCAUCUCAAAUGAAGCACCCGUAUCCAGAAAUAGUCUUUCUGCAUCCUCUCUUCCUGGGCUGAAACCUGGCAGGCAAAAAGGGUUGUUUGGCCUCCGACAGCAGAACACUGUGUCUUUAGGCCAAAGAAUUAAGGGAGGUCUCUUUAGUUCUAAAAAUAGCCCUGUCCGAAGUGCCUUCCCCAUGAGACAGCUGUCAGAAAACUCAAUAUUUGACUCCUCAACUUCUGUGGAAGCCGUGCUUGAACUGCAGCAGGGCCUGGACCCUGAAUUAGAGGCUCAGUUUCCAAAGCUGGGCAGGCUGCUGGAGUGGAUGGUACGCUGGGCUGAUAGGAGAGUGCUACUAGGACAUCAUAGCAAAAAGAAGAAAGAGAGGGGAGGAGGGACUGCAGCUGAUGAUGGAGUAGUGAUUCGUGUGAAAGCCUCUGCUCCUGCCGUCCUCACUUCCCUCAGCUUGAUGCAGCACAGGUUUGCUGCUCUGCUCGGGAAUGACCGCUACAGUGCCCACAUCCAAUUUCCAGAAACAGAAUGGACUGUAGCCCCUGUGCUGCAGCCUGAGGUGGACAGCAAGCUGGAGAGAGAGAGCAGUCUUGAUACAGGUUACCCUGGAUCAGCCAACACACCCAUUGUUGGUCUUGAUCACAAUCUACAGCAAGAAGAGCUGUCUGUGGACUCUCAUACAGAUGAACCAGAUGAACUGACAUUUCUCAGGACGCCUCUCCCCAGUGACCACGAUCAACUAAGCUUUGAUGCUCAGCAGAGACAAUCUAGUUCACCACAGCUAUCUCUCCAUGACUUAGAUGUUACACCUGAAAAAGAAGGCAAAUGUAGUGACACUGAGGGCUUGGAAGUGUUAUCCUCUGUUUCCGAGGGGAACAUCUCUGGAAACACGCCUGAAACAAGUUUAAAGCUUGCAGACUUGGACUUCUCAGAAAACACUGAAGACGUGUCCAGUUCCACCUCUCUCCACAGUCAUGCUAACCCAGAGCCUCAAGUGCUUCCUACUGUCCAGUCUGGGCCAGAAGUCCACACAGAACAUUCUGGUUCAGCUGGAGUGCUUCUUCACAACACACCUGUGGAUCCUCCAAGCCUUCAGCCGCAAAGCUCCACAGCUGAUGCACCCGCUUCAGAUGCCACAGCCCCCAACCAGCCUGUAUCCACUCACACUCCACCAACAAGACAACGCCUGGGUGAAGACUUAUUCAGACUGGUCCAGAAUAUCAACCACAUGAGCCUGAUGGAGGUUUUGGGAGCUUCAUUUUCUAACCUGCAACUUGCUCAGCAGAACUAUUCUUUGGCCCAGUCCAACAUGAAUUCCUCACACCCUCAAGUGCCAUCAUCUUAUGCUACUAAUUUCGUCCCUCAACCAAAUGCCUUACCAGUUCACAACAAUAUUUCUGUGGCAUCUCAGACACAAGCACGUGUUCCAAGUUCAGGAUCUAACAACCCUCAGUUCAGCCAGGUGCCUGCAUGUAUGUUUGCAGACCAGCCUGUCAGACAGAGCUCAGGAAAAUCCCCUCCAACGUGUGGUCAACAUCACACCACCAGGAAUCAACCCUCCACUGCUAAUAGUGCAGGCGUAAAUUAUGAGGAAAUGCAGCCACUCUCUGUCCAUUCAGUUUCACCAGAAACCCAGUUUAAGAAGAGCAGGAGCUUAAUCCCACCCUCACGAGGGCUUCUGGCCACAACUGCCACCAGUCACAGUGCCCCUGUGUUAAUACCUUCUAAUGAUAGCGUGCAGAGUGAUCCUGCUCCCUGGGUCUUGGGCCUGAAGUUACUUCAGCUCCACUGUCCUCCAUCGCACCACCACAUAGCACCACACUACCUGCCAUCCCAGUCACUGCACACCGCAAACGCUGCAACUAUAGAAUCCCAUCAGAACAUGUUAAAAAACAAUGACCCAUCCAACUCAAAGAAAACCAAAGAUGAAAAAAGAGAUGGAUCUUCUUUUCCAAAAAGACAACUCAGUUUUAAUUCUCCACGUGAUCAAACUCACCCAAGAAUUCAGACAUCACAGAGAUUCAGGGGGCAAGAGUUCUCGCUACUUCCUCCCGUUUUACCAACCCAAACACCUGCACCAACUGAGGGCCUCCGACUGCUGCAUUUUCAGCCUGUUCAACCAAGCAAUAUCACAUUCCCCAAACUGCCGUUACCACCUUCCUCCAGGCCUGCUGCAGUCCUUGCAGCUCCGUGGGGAGAAGCACCUAUGAUCAAGCUUCUGCAUAUAGAAUCUGGACCAAAAAUGAUGUUACCUCUGGCAGCUUCUUCAGCCCAAACGACCCAUCUCAUCUCCAUGGACGAGCUGGCGAGCUCAGUGAUUGGGAGACAGAAUGCUGAAGAGGCUCGGCCGCGGUUGCUCAGAGUAGACCCAUCUACUGAAAGUGCCGGAAAAGCUACUGCUUUGCCCAGCCUUAACUCCAGCAAGAGGCAAAAGAGGAGAGAGAAGGCAAGGAGAGCAGGAAAAACAGAGGUCACUUUCAGACCGAAUGACUCGAUUAUCCUGAUACAAGAGCCAACAAAAGAGCCUAUAAAUGAGGAGACUGCAGCUGCAGAAGAGAUUAUUCCUGGACAGGAUGCUGCCAUUCCAUUUGGGUCCUCCGACUCUUUGCUGACUGGUCAGAGAUUAUUGGACAAGGCCAUUUCCACCUCAGCUGAGCUCCAUGCAUUUGCUUCCACAUGUAAAAGACCCCCAGAGUGUCAUGAUGCUUUCACCAACACAGACCACGCUUGUCCUCCUACACUUGUGGAUAAAGCCGUGUCUGCCUCUGUGCCUGCUAGUAGGCCUGAAUCACAAAGUUCAAGGAAACUGCAGUUUUGCAAUGAGUACCUUGUUCAAGACACAGAGGAGACCCCACAGGGACCAGAGAAGAAUCUGGAUCUGAAUGGCCGCCGGUUCAUAAGUGUCUUGGAUCUAGAAGACAAAGCCCAGCAUCAGGACUUGCCACGUCUUAGCCGAGGGACACCAGAUGCUCCCUCCAUCCGUCCUUCUUCACCUUCUUCUGCUCAGCUUCAUGUACUUGCGACCUCUGUCAUUAGGAGUGCUGCUGCUGCUGAUUCACAACCCAAAAACAUCAUUCCACAAGAUUUCUUGAAACCCACAACUCACACAGAUAUCCCUGAGGAGUCACUGUCACUCAGCCACACUGAGCCCAGUAUGAAUCCAGAGAGAAUCAUUCUGCAAGAGUUGCCAGAUCCAUCUGACUCUGAAAUCUGUCAGGCCAUUAAGACCCAGAGCGUUGGGCCUCACAGUGUCUCAUCCCCACCUCCCACAGUCUGGUUCUCCUCUCGUCUGUCAGAGUUGGACGCUCAGUUGGCUGCUCUACAAAACAUUGCAGAUUGUCUAGAGAUGGAUUUUUCCAACUCCAGGAUGCUGGUGAACACUAUUGAAAAGCUCACACCAGUCCUGGCUACUGACGUGAAGACGACCAGUGCAGUAAAAAAAACUGUUAGACUGUCUGUCCCACAUGAGGCAUGGAUACCACGACUGGACAUUUCAACUGAGCUAAAUGCCUUUGAGGAGGAUGAAGAAAAUCAUGAAGAAGGACCUGUGGUUCUUAAUGAUUCCUGCUCUUCCGAAAAGAAGCCAUCUUUUCAUUUUUCCACUUCAUCUCACGGUCACAAUGCUGAUCCUUCUUACUUUCACACCUCUCCAAUAACGAGAGAUCAGUUGGCUGAGGCAUCUGGAACGUCUCCUGCAUGGGCAGAUGAGGAUCUAGGUCAGACCGGGCUAUCUGAUACAGUAGAAAUCUUAGACGAGUUGGUGAAGGAAGGGUAUUUAUCCCCGACUGACCUGGAUUUGUCAAGUACACAGACUGCGUACCAUAGGAGCAGGUUGAACCAGAAGCAAAGCAGCUGGUUGUCACAGGAACGUGUCCUUCCAGAGGAUGAGAGGAAAGAGCUGAGGAUCUGGAUGAGAAGGAAACAGAGGGAAAGACUGGCUGUUUAUCAAAAACACAGAGAGAGCCUGAGGGAGAGGGAGCGCAAACCUUUUACUUCCUCUGGAGGAGCAACACCAGCAAAAAAUCGAGGAACCGUUUGGAGAACCAGAGAGGAAAAAGAAAAGCUCAUGCUACUGGAGCAAUACAACCAGAGGACCCAUGAUGCCUGUUCCUUGGCUGGUGAUUUUUCCACAAGUCCUCCAACUGUACUCAAUUCUUCACGAACUGAAUGUUUAUCAGCAGCCUUAACUACACGAUCCAACUCUGCUCCACCCCCCAUUGGCACUCACAGGGCUUACAGUGUAUCUGCCAAUGAUAAAAGAAGUCUUAAGUCAGGACAAGCUCAAUCCCACCUUUGUCCAUGGACCACUGAGAUGCAGGGACAGCCAUCAGAGGAUCGCCGCAGGAGACUGGGACUACAUAGACCAGCGACCUCUCUGCCAAGGGACCGUCUGUCUCAGGUGACCCGGCGUGGCAUGCUCACUGACACAAAGAGCCACACUAAACUGCACACAGCCAGCCAGAGUGAGGAACGGCAUGUCGGCAACCAGAAAAAGAUGGAACUGAGCAAAACUCCUUCAGGAAGGACUUCUGCAGGGAGAAGGAUCCUGAGCGAGUAUACAAGGAUGGAAGAGCAAGAGGUCAACGUUUGGGACCCCACUUCAGGACUGAAUAGGCUGCUGCUUCCAAAGGAAUCUAGUAUAGUUGCAGCUGGACUGUUGAGUGAGCAAGAUGAUGGUGCCAGAGCUGGUGUGUCAGACUUGGACUGGCUGGACAACCUGUCUGAGACCGGCAGCAGCAACCUCAGCAAAAUAGACUGGGCCGCUAUUGAGAGGAUGGUGGCUGCAGAGGAAACUUGAGGUUGAGUCUCUCGAGAAAAAGGAAAAAGAACACUGUGAUGACACUAUGGUAUAUUCUUGGGAGAAAAAAAACCCUAAAAUAUUUAAUGUGCCUAUUAAAUGUGUUUUAAAUCAGAAGCAUUUGAAACUAUGAUUAAAAAUGUUAUGUUUUAGACAUGCUGAAAUAAAUUAGAUUUGAUCAGCUGUGAUAUUAAAUUUUAGUAGUAAAGUGCACCUAUCAUAAAUUAAAUGUAAUGUAAUUUUCAUGUAAGAUUUUGAAUUGAAUAUUUUUAUAUAUUAUAUCUUCAGUGAUUUCUUGUUCUUUAGAAUAAUUUUUUUUGUGCCAUUUGUGUGCGUAUGAGUGUGUGUGUAAAGUUUUCUACAUGUGCAAUUUAUUUUUAUAUUACAGUGGUCCCUGCUAUUAAAAAUCUGGAUUCAAGUAUUUAAA